AUGUUGCCUCUAGUGUUGUUUGUUUUGGGAGCUUUCCUCGCAGCAACAGAGAGCUGUGGCGCUGGCAAGCAAUUGAUAAAAUCCGGAGGUCUAACGCCGUAUGAGAAGCAAGCAAUCGUCGAUGCGCACAAUCGUCUCCGACAAUCGGUGGCCUUAGGCCAGGUUUCCAGUCAACCUCCAGCAGCAAACAUGAUGGAAAUGGUGUGGGAUGAUGAGUUAGCAGCUACCGCUCAGCGUUGGGCCGACCAAUGCACUCCCGCCCACGAUCGAGCGUCACAACGUGAUGUUCUUCGUUUUCCCGUUGGUCAGAAUCUCGCAGCUACGUGGACUACUCGUCCCCCAUCCGAACCAGCUGACACUCAGCCCGAUUUUAUGAAGCAAAUUAACGCAUGGUUCGAUGAAGUGCGCAUUUUUGGCUUCAGGCCUAUUAGCGGUGGUCACGGCACAGGUCAUUAUUCUCAGCUGGUUUGGGGAGAGACAUCUAAAGUAGGCUGUGGAUUUACGUUCUAUUACGAUCGCGUUCGUGGCUAUACCAAGCUUUACGUUUGCAAUUAUGGUCCAGGUGGUAACGUCAUUGGGUCAAAACCGUAUGAAAAGGGCUAUCCUGCUUGCGGUACAUUUGGACUUGCUGAAUCGAAAAAAUAUUCCGGGCUUUGUUCUGCCAGUUACAGCGCCACAUCUACUUACCAAACUGACAAUACCAACAGCUACAUCUCGAAUGUCAUUCCAGACAGCACUGGAGACAAUCAAGCCUACAACUAUCAAUUUAGCAACCAGUAUUACAAUCAGUACAGCAAUCAGUAUCAGUUGCAGUACCCACAGCCUACUACGUUAUUUCAACCGCAGACAUCAACAUUCAGGCCGCUCCUUAGCAUUUUUAAAACAGCAUCUAAUUUAUUUAAUAAACCAAAGCCUCAAGUAAGCAUUAGUACCGUGUUUAUUUAA